ACUCCUGAGCCAAACCUCCUUCUGUCACAUCCCCACAAGCUUCACCUUUUUUGAUUUUGAGAAAAAAGCCAGAAUGAAGAUUUUGGAUAAACUAGCAACAAGUCCUCACUUUGAAGGCGCGAAAUUUCUUAGCAUUCAGUGACUCACUCAAGUCACCUGACUCAGAAUGACGCACGUUCACUAUUAAGUGAUCUAAUCUGAGUCUCCUCACCUGUUUUGCGUUUUUACACCUCUCAAGUGCUGCGUGCGCGGCCCCGACGAGGCGUGCGCGUGAUGGGCUCCCUCAUUUGGACCCCGGCCACGCUACCUGCUUGGAAAACCACUUUUUUACUUUUAAACAUUUUCUCAGCCGUCGUGAGCAAAAGACACGCAGUGUACUGGAACUCCACUAACAGCAGGUUAACGGCAGGCGAACUGUCCAUCCAGGUGAACCUGAACGACUACCUGGACUUCUACUGCCCUUACUACCCCAGCAAGCAGACGCUGGGCCCCAAGCAGCCGGAGACGCUGGCCCUCUAUCUAACAGAGGAGGCCACCUUCCAAGGCUGCGUGGAGACGCCGGCCGCCAUCAAGCGGUGGGAAUGCAACACCCCCUUCGCCCCGUUCGGCUCGGUGCGCUUCUCGGAGAAGAUCCAAAGAUUCACCCCGUUCUCGCUGGGGUUUGAGUUUCUGCCAGGGCGCCACUACUAUUAUAGCUCUCUGCCUGCAGAUGAAGGCCCGCCGCUGCCGUGUAUGAAGCUGCGCGUCACCGUGUGCUGCGAGAUCGCAUCCAAGGGCUUCAAACAAACUCAAGCGACGUCACCUCUGAAUCGAGGUUGUCCAUCGAGGGCGCCUUCGCUUCACCUUCUCUUCAUCCUCCUCGCCGUCCUGCUGACCACCUGACCUCCUCGCACCUGUUCCCAGUGAGAUUUGGAACACUAAGCCGGUGACCCUUCGCCGUCCAUGCAAAGGGACCGCAGAAGACGUGUUUGUCAUUGCGCGCACACAAACAUUCAGGUGCAACACACACACACACACACACACACUCAGGGACUUACUGUACAUCCCCCCGACAAUCCUUCUCAUCACCUUCCAUUAAUUACUCGCAGGCCAAUUCAUUAGGUACACACGCACCACCUAAUGCAGUGUUCGUUGAGAUGACACUUAACAAAACUGUCCAAAAAAAUGGAUACACAGGCUAAUAUUAUUUCAUUGUUCUGAUUGUGGGUCAACAAAAAUACAUCAUUUGUAGUUGUGGAGUUGUUUAAUUUCUCGCUACACGGUACACUGGCAGCCACUAUAUGUCGCUGGCAUAGAUAGAUGAGUAAAAAGAUAUUAUUAUUAUAUAUUAUUUGGAGUAAAUAAAUGUUUUUUGGGACCAGUUAAAAGGGGUGUUUGCGGUUUUCUGCCUGCUAGCAUGAUUUGAACGUACGCCAAAAUAACGUGCACAAGACUGGCGAAAGAUGAACAAAAAGAUUUAUGUUUAGUGAAUUAAUUUCAAAACCAAUUAAGUAAUAUUAGAUUAUACAGUGCACAAUACACCACCAAUGUAGCUGUAUGAACAAAAAAAUUGAAAAAAAUACAUUUUUAGUAACGUUUUCAGACCAAUUAGGGAAAAUUACAAAAUCUAGGCACAUUUACGACAACAAUUUUUUGUUGACAUUGUCACUGAGGUGCGAUAAUAAUUCAGUUUAGUAUUGCGGUUGCAUUUUGCAUCAAAUAUGUUUGAUGCAAAACAGUGACAAAUGAAACAUUUAAUUGACUACAUGUUACAAUUUGAUACAGUGCCACUUUUUUAGUUUCAACUCUUAAAUGUGUUUUUUUUUUUUUUAUGAUAACUUCCUCGAUUUGAUUAAUAUAAAUGAGGACAAGGAAGUAAUGAAAAUAAUGAGGCAAGGCUGCUGCGCCCCCUACUGGGAUCCAACUGGUUUUACUGGAAUGCAACUGGGUUGGCCACCCACUGGAUUACAAAGGUGAUGUUUAAUGAUAAUAAUAAUGAUACUAAUAAUAGAUGGACCUUGGGCUGCUUUGUCCCGUUUGAUCGAGCAUCCUGCUGGGCUGCUUCUCUGGAUCACAGGACGAACGCACGCCAGGGGGAAUUGUGGGUAAACACGACACGGGGCUCGUCUUGCUCCACCGAAGCAGAUUAUAUGCACACAUGCUCCUUUUCUUUUUUUCUUUUCUUUUUUUUUUUUCUUUUUUAAACAAGCUCUGGACACAUUUUAGCUGAUGUUAUUAAGACCUGCCAAAAUACGCUUGAUGUGUGAGAACUGUCAUUUUCUGUUAUUUAAAUGUGGUGAAAGAGUUUCUUUACGCACAAUGUUUUAUAUUGUAGAUAAAUAUUUGUUUUUUUCCUGAUUAUUUUGGUGUACCAAUGUUUUGACGCAAUGGAGUUUUGCUAGCCCGAUUAAUUGGCCAUUUUAAUUCAUUAUUAAUCAGUUGAUUAUUUUUAAUUUUUGAUGAAAUUACUUUUUUUAACGUACUUUUUUGUGGGUUUGUUACCUGAAGUGCCAUGUUUUAAUUAUAAAUGUAAAAAUAUUUUUAUGGGGUUAACCAUACUGCAUAAAUUCUUCAAAUGAAAUGGAAAAAAAAAUACUUUUUUAAAAAUGUAUGUUUGGAAUGUUUGAUUGCCUUGAGCUUUCAUUUGUUUCGAAUGUUUAAACAACAUGGCGCUUAUAAAUUUUGUUCUUUCAAAACACUGUAAAUCACCAUUAAUGCAACUUUUGUUGUUAAUUUUUUUUGUAAUCAUUUGUGGUAUAGAAUUUUAUGUACAGUUUAGUUUUCUGUGUGUGUGUGUAAUGUUCCCUCCGUGUUCACAUUUUAGUGAAAAUUGUAGCUUCUUCUGUGAAGAGACAACUGCAAUCUGAGCCUAAUUUUCUUUUCUCUUUUCUACUAUUUGCAUCCAAUUGUGGCAACAAAAUAAAUGUGGGGAAACUCUGUAA